UCUCUUGAUGUGGUCCUCGCCCUCUAUAUAACACCAUUAUUUCUUCUUCUUUUUCUCCCUUUCUGUCGACAAACACAAGCAAUUCUACUUAUUCCUAACCCCAGCGAGAGAGUGUUUUCUUAGAUACAUAUACAUGCAAAUUCUUUUAAGUUAAACAAACCAUAUAAAAAUGUCGUCUGGCAGAAGGUCGAGACAAGCAAGCUCAUCAUCAAGGAUUAACGAUGAUCAGAUCACUGAACUUAUUUCAAAGCUCCGACAAUCUAUUCCAGAGAUUCGCCAGAACCGUCGUUCCAACACGGUAUCAGCGUCGAAGGUGUUACAAGAGACUUGCAAUUACAUAAGAAACUUGAACAAAGAAGCCGAUGAUCUCAGUGAUCGAUUGUCUCAGCUUCUGGAGACCAUUGAUCCUAAUAGCCCACAAGCAGCCGUUAUUAGGAGUUUGAUUAAUGAAUAGCUAAGAUAUAUGUACUUUAUAUAUCAUUUUACAAUAUCGUUGCGAGGUCUAUCCAUCAGGGUUUCUGCUUAAUUAUCUGUUAUAUGUUUUAUAUAUUAGUUACAAGUCUAGCUAGCUAGGUUUCUUAUUGGACCCUAUUCUGGUUUUAAAUCAUGCAUGCAACUUAAGCUUUAUAAAUAUAUAAUAUGAUGUGAGACUUGUGAGUUCA